GCCCUCACGUGAAUGGAUGUUAGUGGCGUAGUGAAUCUUUUGAUUCAUCCCAACGAAUCGAAUCUUUUGAAAAAGUUCACUAAAAAGAUCAAUAAAAACCGAUUCGUUCACGAAAAGACCAUAUUCGUCAAUAGGCGCAACGUUUCGAAACAUCGGGUCAGCAUUGAUUGAAAUUCUGCGUUUAUUAAUAGCGAUAAGUAAAAUCUUCAGAGAAGGUAACAUACUGUGAGGAUGAUGGUGACAGGAGAGCAUUUAUGCAUGGUGCUUCUGCUAUGUGUGUGUGCCUGUAAUUGUGUGAGUGACUAUUACUCAAUUCUUGGAGUUCCUCGCUCUGCAUCUUCAAGAGAGAUCAAGAAAGCAUUUCACAAGCUGGCCCUUAAACACCAUCCCGAUAAGAACCUAAGCCCAAAUGCACAGCAAACCUUCACAAACAUUGCUCAGGCCUAUGAGGUUCUGUCUGACAAAGAGAAGAGGCGAGUCUAUGAUCAAAUGGACCAUCUAACUAACCCUGAUCAGGGCAGAGAGAGAAAGUUCAAGAAAGAUCAGAAUGAGGACGCGGGCACCAAUCCCUUUGUCAAUAAAGGAGCGUUUAAUAGUAAAAGGGGUUUCCAACAUUUAAGUCUGGAGGAGCUUCUUCAUACACUGCGGAUGGAUGAUGACUUUUUUAUGGAUGAACAACCUGGUUAUGAAGGAUGGAGUUUUGUUUUUGGGCCUGAGGAUGAUGAUGAUGAAACAGUCCUCCUCAGUGAUCUUUUCAACAUGCUUUGAUUUCCAGGGUUUAUGUAUUUGUAUGUUUAUUUAUAUUUAUUAAUUACAUAAAUUCAAAUUGAUUUUAAAGUGCCUUUACACAAUUUUCUUGCAUAUUAAAUAAAACUUCAAAUUAAACUACAAAAAACCUA